UUGGUACUAAAAAGCCUAAGAAGAAAAGUCCUGGUAUUUUUGUCCUUUGAUGCACAUCGCCACCGUGUAUUUUAAAUUGGGUCCCAUUCUAGGACGGCAACCAGCUUUGUCCAAAUAUGCAAUUAGCUUAGCCCUACAAGUCUACAACAAUAAUUCCAUGCUCUCCGCUCAUCCACUUCUUCAACCAUGGCUCCUCCGACUCCGAAGCAAGUGGUGACCAUAGACUUGACAAAGAAGCCAUGGGAGCAAAAAUUCCCUCUACACAACCGUUGGCAUCCUCACAUACCCCCAGUUGCAGAGGUAAAAGUUAGCGAGCUCUUUAGAGUGGAGAUGUCAGACUGGACUGGAGGUGUAAUUAAAGAUGAUGAUUCUGCACUUGAUAUAAAAUCCAUAGACCUCUCAGCUGUUCAUUAUCUCAGCGGGCCGAUCAGGGUUGUGGGCGAGGAUGGGAUAGCGGCCAAGCCAGGUGAUCUUCUAGUGGUUGAAAUAUUGAACUUGGGUCCUCUUCCUGGAGAUGAAUGGGGUUAUACAGCAACAUUUGACAGAGAAAAUGGAGGUGGUUUCCUGACUGACCAUUUUCCUUGCGCAACCAAAGCUAUUUGGUAUUUUGAAGGAAUAUAUGCCUACUCUCCUCACAUACCGGGAGUACGAUUUCCAGGCUUAACUCACCCGGGAGUAAUUGGAACUGCCCCAUCAAUGGAACUGCUCGACAUAUGGAACAAAAGGGAAAGAGAUCUUGAAGAAAAUGGGCUCCAAAAUCUCAAAUUAUGUGAGGUUUUGCAUUCACGACCAUUAGCAAACCUACCAACACCCAAAGGCUGCCGCCUAGGAAAGAUUGAAGAUGGCACUCCAGAAUGGGAAAAGAUUGCUAGGGAGGCUGCAAGAACAAUUCCAGGAAGAGAAAAUGGUGGCAAUUGUGACAUAAAAAAUCUCAGCAGAGGUUCAAAGAUAUACCUUCCUGUAUUUGUAGAUGGAGCAAAUCUCAGUACUGGUGAUAUGCACUUCUCCCAGGGUGACGGUGAAGUUUCAUUCUGUGGCGCAAUCGAGAUGAGUGGUUUCCUAGAACUUAAGUGUGAACUUAUCAGAGGAGGAAUGAAAGAGUACCUUACGCCAAUGGGUCCCACUCCUCUCCAUGUGAAUCCAAUAUUUGAGAUAGGUCCAGUCGAGCCAAGAUUUUCAGAAUGGCUGGUAUUUGAGGGCAUUAGUGUUGACGAGAGUGGAAGGCAACACUACCUUGAUGCAAGUGUUGCUUACAAGCGAGCUGUCCUCAAUGCCAUUGACUACCUCUCCAAAUUUGGGUACUCCAAAGAACAGGUUUAUCUUCUGCUUUCAUGCUGCCCCUGUGAAGGAAGAAUUUCUGGAAUAGUUGAUUCCCCAACGCUUGUGCUACCUAGCAAUCCAACAGCAAUCUUUGACCAGGACAUUCGUCCAAAAAACAAGAAGGUUCCAGUCGGGCCCAGGAUAGUGAGGAAACCAGAUGUCCUCAAAUGCACUUAUGAUGGAAAUUUGCCGGUCACAAGGAACCCAAGUGCCUCAACAUAACUCUUACGAGGGUUGCUCAAUGAGCUAAAGACAUACCAACAAUGAUACCUUUGGCACCAACUAUGCAUUUCUGCAUCUGUUACCUGUAACAGAUGGACAUUAUCCUUUGGCUACAUUUCUACAAUUUUCCUUGUCACCACCAGAUCUAAUUCUAUCCUCUAUCACAAAAGUAA